GGCUCGUUGGUUUGGCCUCUGGGGAAGGAGAAGAUUGCAGCUUGCUCUGGUUUAUUUGCCAUUCUCGUCAAUAAGCUGGAGCGCUCAUGAUGUUGGCGUUCAAUCGGAAUGGAAUCAAUUUGAUUAACUGCUUCUCCCACUUUUCUGAAUGGCAUCCUCUGGAAAAGCAGCGCUGAUAGGGGAUUGAUCCCCACCGUCACAGCUUUCAUUCGCAAGGUUCCGGUUCCAUUUGUUGAUUUCAUUUAUACUGUAGCCAGACAUUUUUUUGAUCAAUUGUUGAUGUUCAUGAAGAGAGAGACCUUUGAUAAAGUAACAGAGAUGGGUUGCUGUGGAUGUUUUGGAUUCUCAUUUACAAGAAAGACUAAAAAAGUUUUGAGGCCCAGCAAGGGGUUGGGAUUGAGCAACCAUCCUUCGCAGGAGCCGUUGCUGGAUGAAGAUGCGGAAGAAGAUAUAGAAGACGACGAUGUCGGCUCAUACAAUGGUGAUGGGACUGAUACUUGUAAUGGAGAUGAUGGCGAUUAUCGUACCCCAGUUAAGCGUUCUGAGGAGAUUCUCUUAACAAGAGCUCAGAAAGGAUUGAUGUGCAGGGAAUUUCCUGUUAAGGAAACCCGCAUAUUAGCACGCUCUGAGGAUGAGAAUGGGAGCAAGAUGGUGAACGAGUAUGUUCAUAAAUAUAAGAUUGGUUCUGGUAGCUAUGGGAAAGUUGUUCUGUAUCAAAGCUCUAUAGAUGGAAAGUACUAUGCCAUAAAGGCCUUUCGCAAGUCUCACUUGUUAAAGCAACGGGUUGCCCCAUCUGAGACUGCAAUGAGUGAUGUCCUUCGCGAGGUUUCAAUCAUGAAACUUCUAAGCCACCCCAAUAUAGUUAAUCUCUUUGAAGUGAUUGAUGACCCAAGAACAGAUCAUUUUUAUAUGGUUCUGGAAUAUGUGGAGGGUAAAUGGGUCUUUCAAGGUGAUGGUUCACCAGGUGGUCUUGGAGAAAACACUGCACGCAGAUACCUACGGGAUAUAGUAUCUGGCUUGAUGUAUCUGCACUCCCAUAACAUAAUACAUGGGGAUAUUAAACCUGAUAAUCUCUUGGUUUCUGCAACCGGCACUGUGAAAAUUGCUGAUUUUAGCGUCAGCCAAGCUUUUGAGGAUGAUGAUGAUGAGCUCCGGCGAUCACCUGGAACUCCUGUUUUUACUGCGCCUGAGUGUUGCUUAGGUCUGACUUAUCAUGGAAAAGCUGCUGACACUUGGGCAGUUGGUGUGACUCUAUAUUGCAUGAUCAUGGGGAAAUAUCCUUUUCUUGGUGACACCCUUCAAGACACAUAUGAUAAGAUAGUAAAUGACCCAUUGUGCCUUCCUGCUGAUUUAAAUCCUCUUUUAAAAGAUUUGCUUGAAGGGCUUCUUUCUAAAGAUCCAAGCCAAAGGAUGAGUCUGGAGGAUGUAGCACAACAUGAGUGGGUCAUAGGAGAUCAAGGCCGCAUUCCUGAGUACAAUUGCUGGUGCCGGACUGCCAGAGAGCAAAACUAACAGCAACGCCAAAUGUCAUCUAGUAGCAGCUGUUUGUGUACCAUUUCUUUUAUUUUACCAUAUUUCACCGUCAUGUGUUUAAGGAAAGGUGAAUGGUACGUGACUAGGGUGCUGUUUUAAACCUCAGUAAAAAAACUGAACAUGCAAUGUUAUAUUUAUGUAAGAUAAAGAUGACGUGGCAAUCCUUUUUUAUUUAAUUACUAUCGUAUAUUGAUGUUGGAGUUGAUUACUUGAUUCCCCAAAUUGCAUUACUCUAACAGAGUUCAGAGUUGGUCUUGAU